AUGAGGAGAGGACAAAAGUCACAAUACCAUGACCACAACCUAGGGUUGCAGGUCGUAAGAUCCUCGAUUCCCAUCCCAGCUAUUUGCUGGGACUGGUACGAUGGCAAGCGCGAGACAGCGUGCUUGACGGGUCACCUCUCUACCACCUACCAUCGCGAAGCAAUACGGAUGGCGUCCAGUUCUCCGCAUUCAGCGAUACUUGAAGAGUUCAUAACCCUUGAAGAGGAUUUCGAAGGCAGCGUUUCGCCAAGACGCACAAAGAGAAUGAUCACUCUCAAUAGGGUUGUUAAAGAGGCGACGACAACGCCAGAGGAUGUCAAGAAAGGAUUUACGAAACUUAUUCUUGCCUUCAAAUUACCUGCCAUUACUGAUCCCGAGCAUUCAAAUCUAGAUCUUUCACAAUUUGUAACCCGAAUGAGGCACUCUCUCAAUGUAUUCAUGACCUACAUGGUUAAACCGUCCAAAGAAAUCAUUCGUGAUGAAGGGCGCUUGACUGGCUUGUUGUGUUUCGCUCCAACCUUUGUCUCGUUGGAACAAAAGAAACAUGGUCUCCCCUCUUCACGCAACCCUCGAUAUGCCGCAGAUCGUCUUCGAUGGGUCCCUGCAGUUACACAUUAUAUAACAACAAACUUGGACGUUGGUUUGCUGUCAAGUACCGACUCACCUCUCCAUUCGAAGGGAAUUAUGGAAACAUACUUUCAGCCCGCUGCUGCCAACUACCACACUCCUCCUGUUCACCCCCAGCAACGACAGCGGGGAUACCGUAUUUGCGACCAAUGCCGUACUCCAGAGACCCAGUCUCUUAAGUUCCGCCUAUGUGGAGGUUGUCUGGUGACCCAAUAUUGCUCACAAGACUGCCAACGUGAUCAUUGGCCCCACCAUAAAGCAAUCUGUCAGCACACCGCGUCAGUAUCCAAAGCCGCCAUUGCCGCUGCGUCUUCCUCCCCAGCCGCAGACGAACACCUCGCGAAGAACCUCCGGAAGUUCGCUUCUGCCCAUACGGCGUUGUUGGGGUGGGCUGGUUUCCAGGCAUUGCAACUCAAACGUGUCCCGGCAAAUAUUAGGCAAAACGCGUUGCUCAUUGACUUGAGCUACCAUCCUCACGCCGAGUCUCAUCGUCGAUUUUCGAUACUCUCGACCCACAUUGUACCGAGGACCCAUGUCCAUGACCCACUCGUCAUAGCUGACAUCCAGCGGCGCGAGGAACGGUGCAGGUAUAGCGGGGGCAUUGGCACACUCGUCGUCAUUAUCCAAUGUGGCGGUGUCUCCCAAGUUAUGCCCGUUGAAGUCGAUCCGCCUGCAAAGAUUACGUGGGACUCGAGGGACGAUUGGGCGAGUGUGCUUGCGCACUUUGUGGAGAGCGGAAGGACGGAUUUCAAGCCGAUAUCGACCACUUCAAGGGGAAGACCGUCCGCACCCAUGAACCUUUGCAACCACGCACCCUUCGUGCUCAUUCACGACCACCCGGCAUUUGACAGCUCGCGCACCCUCAAUUCACCUUGCUCACGCAUCACGUAUCAUUCCACUCCCGUUGCAUCGUCCACAUCAUCACCAGCAUCACAACUCACUUACGUCUAUCACGUCGUUAUCUCGGUACACAUCCGUCAGUGCCAUGUCGGCUUGCCGCAUCUAUACCUCUUCCCCGCUUCUAUUCAGCUUGUCGAGUACAAGCUUAACCCCUUUGUUCCGCCUUCGCUUUCGUUCGCUUUUUCGUUUAUCGAAAAUAUUUGGUUUGAAAUAUCUUUAUCUACAGCUUGUGAUUGUAAUAGUGCUGUGCGAUACAAUGGCAUUCACGCACCCAUGUUUGGUUGAGA